AAACUGUGUUUUAAUUUGACGAGAAAACGUUGAAAUGUUGUUUACGACGCGGAUGGUUUCCUCUAGCAACGUGACGUGACGAGUCAGGUGAGAGUGGCGCUGACGUGAUUAUCUUACCUUUGAAAUCAAAAUAAUACAUCAUAAAUAGCCCUUUAAGGUGUAUUGAAAUGAACAGACAGGAGAGCAGCCUCAUCACACCGCCAUGGUGUGAGGAGUAGAAAGCAGCUGUGUGAUUACAGAUGAAGAAAGUAGUCCCUGCCGUCAGGGGCGUGUGGGCGGCUCACUCCGUGUAUAAAUACGCCGGGUUGUCAAACAGCAAAGUUUGUGUGGAGCCUCCAUGAAGGAGUCAGCUGGAGACUUGUGUGCAUCACCUGAGCAGAGAGACAGCAGGUAAAAAGAUCUUUCAUGUCAAAGUGAGAACAUCUGAAGGUCAUCAUCCGAAACCACGAGACCAGAACACGAGAGAAAACGGGAUAAAACGGGAAUUUACGACAGAAACAACGAGAGCAAGUGGAGCUGAUGCAUCGACAAGAAAAGGUCUGAAAAUCAGACAAACACAUCUGAGAGAGACGGCGUGCAGCGGGCUUACUGACUGUCUUCACCAUGACGACCCUGAAACGAUCCCACGCUGGACAGUGAACACAACAACACUGUUUGUCUCCCGUUUGAAUUUGUCUCAGAUCUGUCACGGCGCUCGCCGGGUGCAGUUAUGCACCUGGAGGUCAAGGUAGCCCUGAACUUCAUCGUGUCCUACCUGUACAACAAGCUUCCUCGCCGCCGGGCCGACCUUUUUGGCGAGGAGCUGGAGAGGAUUCUGAUGUCACGUUAUGAGGGUCACUGGUACCCACAAGCCCCCCUCAGAGGCUCUGCUUUCCGCUGCAUCCACCUGGGCGCCCCCCGGGACCCCGUGGUGGAACUGGCGGCGAAGAGGAGCGGCCUGGACACGGAAGAGGUGCGGGCUAACGUCCCUCCAGAGCUCAGCGUGUGGAUCGACCCGUAUGAGGUGUCCUAUCAGAUCGGAGAGAAGGGCGCCAUCAAGGUGCUGUACCUGGAGGAUCCUCCAGGCCUCGGCUGUGAUGGAGAGAGGGCGGAGUCAGAGGGAGACAUGGAGGGGGAGGAGUCAAAGAGCGUGGGCUUCAACCCCGAUGCUCAGGUUUUUGUUCCCGUGGGAAGCCAGGCGUCUCCCGCCCUCAUGCCGUCUCUCUCCAGCUCUCCUACACCGGCGCCGCCCUGCCCCUCCCUCUUCACCUACCCGAGAUCCAGCACGCCCACAGACUCUGCCCUCCACUCAUCCAACACCUCCACCCCCUCCCCUCCCAGCGGUGGGCUGCCCUACCUCUCCCCUCAGCAGCCGCCUGCCGCCCGUCCUCAGCCCAUCGUCUUCACCACCGCCAGCUUUGCUGCCACCAAGUUCGGCUCCACCAAGAUGAAGAAGAGCAGUGGGGCGGGGUCAGCGGCUGGCUCCACCCAGAGGAUGCUUUCCCGCUCUCCCACCAACAUCUCCGCCCCCGAGCUGCUGAAGCACAAGCCGCUCUCUCUCUCCCUGCACUCGCUCGGGACGCCGCUCGCCAGCCAGCUCUCCCCUAACGCCAAAGAGUUCGUCUUCCCAGGAUCCCCCGCCCCCCUUUACUUUGAUCCUGACACCCCGCCCAUCCAGCCCCACGUUAGCCCAUUCCAACCUCAGCACUCCGUCACUACCCACCCGCCCUUCGACCCGUUCUCCAGCCCCCCUCCCGCUCAGAGCGUGGGCAUCAUGGGCGGCGGCGGCAGUGGGAUCCCGUACAUGGAGAAGGCGCCGUUUGUGGACGGAUUAGGAAACUACAACCUGCAAUACUCGAGCCAGUCCUUCCAGCCGGUGGUGCUGGCUAACUGACUAGCUAACAUAAGCUAAUGACCCGUUUGACUACACAGACUCCAACAGCUCAUGUCUUUGUUUUUUUCCCCGCCCCCUCUGAUGUCAUCACUGUCUGUAUGUCGGCAUUGAUAACGGGGUGGGGGAAUGUUUCUACCUUGAGUUGUUGCCACUCUCUUCAUGUUUGUUCUUUUACGUUGAUUGUUCUUUUUUUGAGUUCGCUCUGUUAGCAUCGCUCGCCAAGUCCUGCAGGAACGCCGUCUGUGUUGAGAGUCAGCGCUUUGGUGUGU